AAAAAAUUGAAAAAUUAAAUUAAAUUUUUUUUUUUUUUAAUUUUUUUUUUUCUUUUUAAUAUAUUUAUAUUAAAUUAUUUUUUUUUUUUCUUUUUCCUUUUUUCAUUUUAAAUUAUUUAUAAAUCUUUUUUAUAAAAUACAUAUUUAUAUUAAAAUGACAAACCCAUUUGAUAAGGUUAAAGAUAGUUUUACUGUUGAUGGUGAAACAUAUCAUUUCUACAACAUUGAAAAACUUCAAGAUAAAAGAAUUGAAAAGUUACCAUAUUCAGUUAGAAUUCUUUUAGAAUCAGCCGUUCGUAAUUGUGAUAAUUUUGCUGUUCAUGAAAAAGAUGUCGAAAAUAUUUUAAAUUGGGAAAAAACAGCCAACAAUAUUGAAAUUCCAUUCAAACCAGCAAGAGUUUUAUUACAAGAUUUUACUGGUGUACCAGCUGUUGUUGAUCUUGCUGCUAUGCGUGAUGCUAUGAAGAGAUUAGGUGGCGACCCAUCUAAAAUCAAUCCAUUAGUACCAGUUGAUCUUGUUAUUGAUCACUCUGUUCAAGUUGAUGUUGCUAGAACUGUUGAUGCAUUAGAACAAAAUCAAAAAAUUGAAUUCAACAGAAAUCAUGAACGUUUCAGUUUCUUAAAAUGGGGUGCUCAAGCAUUUUCCGACUUCUUUAUUGCUCCACCAGGUUAUGGUAUUGUUCACCAAGUUAAUUUAGAAUAUUUAGCAAGAGAAGUAAUGAAUAAAAAUAACUUAUUAUACCCAGAUAGUGUUGUUGGUACUGAUUCACAUACAACCAUGAUUAACGGUUUAGGUGUUUGUGGUUGGGGUGUUGGUGGUAUUGAAGCCGAAGCUGUCAUGUUGGGUCAACCUAUGUCAAUGGUUUUACCAGAAGUUGUUGGUUAUAAAUUUACAGGCAAAUUACCAGAUACAGCUACAGCUACAGAUUUAGUUUUAACAGUUACAAAUGAAUUAAGAAAGAAAGGUGUUGUAGGUAAAUUUGUAGAAUUUUUUGGUGAAGGUGUUUCAUCACUUUCAGUUCAAGAUCGUGCCACUAUUUCCAAUAUGGCACCAGAGUAUGGAGCUACCAUGGGUUUCUUCCCAGCUGAUAAAAAUACAAUUAAAUAUCUUUUAUCAACUGGUCGUCCAGAUAAAAACAUUAAAUUCAUUGAACAAUAUCUUUCAACUCAAAAUUUAAUGUGUGAUUAUAAUUCACCAAAUCAUCCAGUUUUCACCACUACUAUGGAGUUAGAUCUUUCAACUGUUGUUCCAUCUCUUUCUGGUCCAAAAAGACCACAUGAUCGUAUUUCACUUACCGACAUGCAAAAAGAUUUCAACAGCUGUCUUUCAUCCCCAGUUGGUUUCAAAGGUUUUGGUUUAGCCCAAGAACAAAUCAAAAAAGAAACAACCAUUAACUUUAAGGGCAAAGAAUAUACUAUCCGUAAUGGUGUUGUCGCUAUUGCCGCCAUUACUAGUUGUACCAAUACAAGUAAUCCAUCAGUUAUGUUAGGUGCUGGUCUUUUAGCUAGAAAUGCUGUUGAACAUGGUCUUGAAGUUUUACCAUAUAUCAAAACCUCAUUAUCCCCAGGCUCAGGUGUUGUCACUGAAUACUUUAAACACAGUGGUGUCCAAGAUGCUCUCGACAAAUUAGGUUUCAACUUAACUGGUUAUGGUUGUAUGACUUGUAUCGGUAAUAGUGGUGAUUUAUCUGAACCUGUUGCUGAAGCCAUCACUAAAGCUGAUUUAGUUGCUGCUGGUGUUUUAUCUGGUAAUCGUAAUUUUGAAGCUCGUAUCCAUCCAUUAUUAAGAGCCAACUAUCUUGCUUCACCACCAUUAGUUGUCGCCUAUGCUCUUGCUGGUACUGUAGAUUUCAACUUUGAAACCGAUCCAUUAGGUAUCUCUAAAAAGACUGGUCAACCAGUAUUCCUUCGUGAUAUUUGGCCAUCAAAACAAUUAAUUCAAGAAACUAUCGAAAAGAAUGUUCUUCCAAGUAUGUAUAAGAGUAUCUAUGCCAAUGUUACUGAUGGCAACAAGAGCUGGAAUGAGCUUAAAGUACCAACUGGUCUCCUAUAUCCAUGGGAAGAAAACUCUACCUAUAUUCACAACCCACCAUUCUUCAAAACAAUGGAACUCACUGUACCACAAAGACCACCAAUUAAAGAUGCCUACUGUCUUUUAAAUCUCGGUGAUAGUAUUACCACUGAUCACAUUUCACCAGCCGGUAACAUCAAUAGAAAAUCAUCAGCUGCCAGAUAUCUCGAAUCAAAAGGUGUUAAACCAGAAGAUUUCAAUACAUACGGAGCCAGAAGAGGUAAUGAUGAAAUUAUGGUUAGAGGUACAUUUGCCAAUACCCGUUUAGUUAACAAAUUAGCCCCAUCUGUUGGUCCAAACACUACAUAUAUUCCAACUGGUGAAUUAAUGUUUGUUUCUGAUGCUGCUGAAAAAUAUCAAUCUGAAGGUCAUCCACUCAUCGUCUUAGCUGGUAGUGACUAUGGUAGUGGUAGUUCACGUGAUUGGGCUGCUAAAGGUCCAUACCUCCAAGGUAUUAAAUGUGUCAUCGCCACUUCAUUCGAACGUAUUCAUAGAUCAAAUUUAGUUGGUAUGGGUAUUGUACCAUUACAAUUCAAAUCUGGCGAAAAUGCUCAAUCACUUGGUUUAACAGGUCAAGAACAAUUCACCAUUGAACUCCCAGAAAAGAGUCAACUUAAAACUGGUCAAACUGUCAAAGUUACAACCAAAUGUGGCAAAUCAUUUGAAACCACUCUUCGUUUCGAUACCCCAAUUGAAAUUGAAUACUAUGCAAAUGGUGGUAUUCUUCCAUACGUUUUAAGAAGAUUAGUUUAAAACAACUCUUUCAAAAAAAAAAAACUAUUGAAACAUUAAAAAAAAUUAUAUAAUAAAUUAAAUUAAUUUUGUAAUUUGCAAUUUUAAAUAAAUAAAUUUUUUUUUUAUUAAAAUUAAUUUUU